CUCCGCUUGCAUCGAAAUUGAAAUCCAAUUGCGUUCAACAUUCAUCUUUCCUUUUUAACCCAAAACAAACACUUUCCAUCAACCAACUCCAAUUCCACACCCGCAUCAACACCAAAAAACUCAAAAAAUGGCUGCUCCUCACCAUGUCCUCGUCCUCGGCGGCCACGGCAAAAUCGCCCAGAUGCUGACCCCUCUGCUCCUCAAGCGCUCAUGGACUGUCACCAGCAUGAUUCGCAAGCAGGAGCAAGCUGCUACCAUUGAGAAGCUUGGCGAUGGUCUUCCUGGCAAGCUCAACGUUCUUGUCAGCAGCAUUGACGACGUAGACAGCAAGGAGAGAGCUUCUGCUAUUCUCAACCAGGUCAACCCUGACUACGUCGCCUGGAGUGCCGGUGCCGGUGGAAAGGGUGGUGCCGAAGCUACCUACAAGAUCGACCGUGACGCCGCUAUUCACUUUGUCCAGGCCGCUGCCUCCAUCCCAUCUAUCAAGAAAUUCCUUCUUGUCUCCUACAAUGGCUCUCGACGUGAUGCUGCCCCAUGGUGGCAGCGCGACGAGUGGGAGGAGUACAACAAAAAGGUCAACUUUGGUAUCCUCGCCACAUACUACCAGGCCAAGAUUGCCGCCGACGAGGCCAUGUAUGAGGCCUGUAAGAAGAGCGAGAACUUGGUUGGCAUCUGCCUGCGCCCUGGUACUCUCUCUGACGACCCUGCUGGAAAGAUCUCUCUGGGCAAGCUUCCUCACGUCAAAGGUAAUGUGCCCCGCGAGACGGUUGCCCAGGUCGCCGAUGCCCUGCUUGCUGCUGAAGGUAUCAAGAACACUUGGCUGGAUCUUCUCUCUGGUGACGACGAAAUCGAAGCUGCCGUCGGCCGCUGCGUCAAGAAUGGCGUCAACACUGCCGAAGGAGAGGCCGUUUACGACAUUUAAGCAACAAACAAAGCAAAUCAUAGCCCGAUAUUCUAAUCACUAACAAUUUGUAAUAAACAACCUUUUAUAUACUCCAGCUUCUGUUAUCGUCAAAUGCUCUUCGACGCACCUGGGCAUUGCUCAAGGUGGCCAUUUGAUGUGGUGGUCCAGGAGUUGGUCUAGCCCACCGCCGCUUCAGACCUUCUAUACAAAGGGCUGUUUCUUCUUUCACGAUGACCCAGCCAGUUGUGAAAUAAAUGAUGGCAUUCCAAACUCCCUGCAGCGGAAGAACACACCCACUCGCUAUGCUGAGAUGGAAACUGACUUUUCCAUCAUUCGCCAGGCUGUAUAGUCUAUUGACAGAGCUUGGGAUCCAAGUGAUCAAAACGGAGAAUCCGAAAAUGAAGCUCGUGCGUAGGUAUGCCAUCUUAACUGGGUCCAGCCGCGCAAGCUUUGACUUUGCCUGACGCUUUAGCGAGAUUAAUCGAGCCUUGACUUUCAUAAUACCACUUGGAUCCUUCCUGUGGCUCUUUGUGCAUCGCCCUUGUCGGACAUGGAGUGAGCUUACUGGUGUACCGCAGCAGAUGAUGGCUUCGUGCUGUACAGGUGGCAAAAUGGGUGCGCCAUGGACAUCGUAUCGCAUGUCGUCCGACGUAACUUGUACUUCAGUAACUACAGUUCCAUAACAGUCGGGCUGCAUGGGCAAUAUCUUAGAUGUUGUUAGCUCUUGUGAGUCGUCUCUAGAAAAUGAUCGUACUCACGCCCUCGGAUGAUUCUCCAAAUGUGCUCCUCGCUUCUGAUGCGGUGUGGCCGGUGUUGACAGAAUCAUUCUUGUUGAAAUGGCGAAGCUUAUUGCGAUAGUAAAAGACCC